UGUCAGUCACAGCAAACACUUUGUUCUACUUAAAAAUAUGUUAACACAUAUGUGUACACAAAGUUAACACUAAACAUAUACACUUAAAUUAGGAAGAAGUAGCGCGGUUAAUUUGGCAGGAUGUUCUCAGGACUUAUACCCAUGAUGCAGCAGACACGGAGGGCCACGGUUCCACUAGGUGGGGAUAGCCGCAGUGGCAACACCGAGUCCCAAAUUGGAUCCAGUAAAUCUUCUAAUUGCAGAUUGCACCUAAUUUCGCGAACCGAAAUGCUUCUUUUGGACUACAAGCAAUACAAGGCAUCCCGAACUAUCCAACAGAACUGGCGGAAAUUCUAUUUUCGAAAGUAUUUCAAGGAUCUAAGAAAGGCGGCCAUCACGAUUCAGCGCUGGUGGCGCGGAUUCUCGGUCCGGAAAAACCACUUCAGGAAUGUGGAGAACCUGCUGCAGAAGCGGGUUCAGGAUCACCACCAUCGAGCGGCCACCAAGAUCCAGGCCCUAUUCCGAGGAUGGAAGAGUCGGAGCACCAUUCACGAUCACAGCAAAUUGCUCAGGAAGCAGGUGUGCGCCGCCGAGGAUCUGCUCAACUGCGUGGCCUUCAAGCUGCACCACCUGCUCCGCACCUUCGCGAUUCCAGGUGUAUAUUCGCUCAAGAACUCAAACUGCAUGUCGCGAGUAGAGAAGCUGCUGGCCAGCUUGCACUUUCGGUUUCACAAUGGAAGGGUUAAGUCGCAACUGGCUAAAGAUCUGGCGGAUCGGGGAAAGGAUACGGAAACUUUCAAGAGGAGUAACAAGUACAGCAAAGUCCCAUUCGAAGGAGCUCGCUAUUGGAGCCAAUGCAAGCCAAAGUGCGAGGCCGCCCUGAAAAUGUCCAAGAAUAUUGAAAGACGCAUGUACAGGAUCAUCGAGAUUUACGAUGCUUCACAGAGAGAAGCCCAUGCGGCGUUGGUCGAAAAGAAUAGGGCGUACAAAAAGCACAAGGGGCUCAUGCAGAACAUCAAGAAAACGACUGAGAAGAGCAAACGCGACUUCUGCGGCGAUGUCAUUGCCAGUAUGAGACGCUGGAAAAUCCUGGUGGACAACGACUUGACUGUGGACAAGAACAUAUUCAAAAACCCGCAAAAUCUGGAGAGGUUCGUUGCCGAAAUAUCGCAAUACGCAAAUGAGUUCGAGAACUGCACCUGCUAUUGCCGCAUUCCCGUAUUCACUGAAAUCUAUUGCGGCUAAAUGUCAUUAAAACCAGUAGUAUCGUACCAAGUAAUGAAAAUAAAUACCAUUUUAUG